AGCAAUAGCAUUUGACAUAUCAAAUAUAUUUAAUUUGGGGCUUUCUGCAGAGACCAAAGCGAAUCGGAUAACGAUCUGAUUUCCGGUCAGUUUUGUUGUUACUUGCAAAACAGUCCUUGGUUAAGAUUUGAGCAAGAUACAUUGAUCCCAGAUCUGCGUUUACCGGCAACCUCCGUGUGCUGGCGACCACGUGUCUGUGCGCUGACCAAUGGCAACGCUCCUAGCUAUAGCUGAACGAAGCCAUGUGAGGAUCUGUAAAAUGGCGGCGCAGUGGCGUGGAAAAGAUGAGCUUAUAAUCACCGGCAACACGGACUUUCUGACUGCAAACACAUUCAAUGAGGCUGUCCUGGGUAAAGGGGAAGUCAGUGAUCUGGAAAUGGACACUCACUCCUGCCUGGACCCUUCCAUCCUGGCCAUGUUUGAAGACUCCGCCGUAGCUGCAGAGACUAGGAGCAGACUGGAUGAGGAGAGUGAGUCCACGUUGUUGACAGCUCUAACAGAGAUCCUGGACAGUGUUGACGAUGAGACCCUGUCCCCCUUUGACACCCUGCCUGACACUGGCCUCUUCUCUGACCAGAGGCUACGGGACAACUCCCCGUUGAGGCGGCUGCUGAGUUUAACACGGUCUCCACCUGAUAAAGAAGCACUCUUUCGUUCCAUAAAGACCCCCUCUUCAUCUUCAUCCCCCUCUUCCUCUGUUGGAAAGGUUGAGACGGUCAUUCCAGACAGACCCUGGAGGGCUAGGCUAACUCCCAGAGCCCAGGGCUCUUCCACAUCCACACAGAGGAGCGAUGGAGAGGAGGAGGAGGAAGAGGGCGGCAAGGUCCACAUUCACAGCCCGCCUCACGGCUUCAAUCUGACCAAUCAGGACUCGGGAGAACUCUCCCUCGACCGAUCAGAAGUGAGAGCGCUGAACUCUGUAGAGAAGGACCAUGGCUACUCCUCUACAGUGUCCCUGGUGGAGCUGGUGAAACUCAUGCACCCCUACUGCCUGAGGGUGUGCCUGGAUGAGGAGGGGAAGGACUGGGUCGGCACAUCCAGGCAGGAGGCCUCCUCCCUGGGGGAACGGAGCGCGGACCAGAGUGUACCCCUGGAGGGCGAGGUGUGGAGGUAUACGAAGCCUGGUUCGGAAGAGAGCGACGAGGAAAUUGAUGUGGACGGAUCAGAUGACGAGUGUCCCUCGGUAGGAGGGAUGAAGGAUGAGAAAGAGGGGGGUGGAGAACAGGGAAGUAAAGGUGAAGAAGUGAAGCAACUAAAAAGUCUACUUGUGAAGUGGGACGGGCCCAAAGAAGGCCAGAAGACCAAGAACAAAAAAAGAGUGAGCUUCGGACCUGUCCUGGUGACAUCCUACGAGCUACCAGCAGCAGACGAACCUGACUUAAACGUGCUCCCGGACUUGAGCGAGCUCACCAGCCAAAUCCCCAUUUUUGACUUCAACACCAAAACAAGGACCAUUUCCCUCACCACAUCCUCUCCAGAGUCUUCAGCAGCAUCUUCAAAGGACAACCGGCAUCAGGUUGUAACUGACUUGUCUGAAAGGACCGGAGAUAAGUCGUCGUCGGAGCCUCCGCCACAGCGGGGCGAGUCCAAGCCCAGACCGGCCCUCAGUCUCCAGCAGUACCGCCUGCUGCGCCAGCAAAGACUACCCCUGGUGGGGAAACCUGAGAAUUACACCACCAAAUGGCCCUCUCUACCUGAAACCCCCACGGAGUUGCCUCCUAUACCCUAUUUACAAGGACCUAAAUAUAACAUGUGGGGACCAACGACCACACAUCCUACACAUCAUUACAUAGGAAGUAAAACAGGGGGUGAUGUCAGUGGAUUCAAGCCUAUUUCUAAGACGAGGACGAAGAUUGUCUCUCCUGCUUGUCCCAGUAAACCUGGUAAAGCCAUUGGCAUCAAUGGAUCAAAGCCUGUAAGAAGUGGGACUAAGACUCCUCCUACCAGCUCAGCUUUAAAGCCCAAACACAACUCAAAUGAAGCUAAAUCUGCGAAUGAUGUUGAUGUAUUAAAGCCUAUUUGGACUGAGACCAGCUCUCCUGCUAGUCCCUUACCAAGUCCCAACCUGAACUCCAACUCAGUGGCGGGUCUGGGCCAGAACAGGACUAGCCCAGAAAAGAGUGCUGUUGCGGUCAGUAGCGACCCCCCAAACCCUGUCCUGGUCCCACUACCAGGAACCCGUCCAUCUUUGGAGGGAUUUGAUAGGAGCCGUGGGACCAACCAGGAGAAGCAGGAACAAUCUCUACCUCCAUCCACCACCCAGGAGUCUCCGGCGCCCAAGCCCAAAAUGGUGUUCUGCAACCGGGAUCGAAGCCUGAAGAGCACCAGUCUCCUCCUUGAGAUCCAGCGCAGGUUCUCAACCAAACAACCAUUGCGGAAAUUACUUCACACCCAAAACACUGCAGAGACCACGAAACAAGGGGAUCAGCCUCGCUCUCUCAGCACAAGGAAAGGAACCAAGACCGUACCAGAAGGGUCCAAGUUUUCCCCAAGUGCACCAGUAAUGGCAAGUCCAUCGUCCAGCCCCUCAGUCCAUCCAUCCACCCAUGCUGUUGCUCCUUACCCAGAGAUGGAGAGGGCAAAGCGGGUAGCCCUUGGUAACCUCCCCCAUGUCCGACUGUCCACCUCUCCAGAGAGUAACACCUGCAUACAGACCCCCACCUGCGGCACAGGAAUCCAAGCCACAGAUCUGAGCAGCCUUCUGGAGCGGUUUGAGGAAACACAAGCCAAAGAGGAGACUGAGACUGAACCUGAAGGCAGUCCAGAUAGGAGCCCUGUUAGAGAUGAAGAGCCGAGCAACAACACUGAAGGGAUGCUGACACUGCUGGGUGCCUAUCUCCUCAGCACCCAAGAUAAACUCUGUCUUCCAGCACCCACUGGCUUUCCAGAACUUGUCAACACACUCGAACCCCUCAGAACUCCGGGACCCUUCAGAACUCCGGAGCCCCUCAGAACUCCGGGACCCCUCAGAACUCCGGAGCCCCUCAGAACUCCGGAGCCCCUCAGAACUCUGGAGCCCCUCAGAACUCCGGAGCCCCUCAGAACUCCGGAACCCCUCAGAACUCCGGAGCCCCUCAGAACUCUGGAACGCUGCGACAGUUGCUCAGAGGACUUUGCUGUGGAACCUCUCAGCACCCAGAAUGUUCUCAGCACUCAGGAACAGGCCCCUGCACAGCCGCGCUGGAAACCACUUACCCCUGUCGCACCUCAGAGGAAGCAACCGGCGACCCCCAAACCUCUCCCUCACAAGGCCAUCCAAAUCAUCGACCCCCGUCCUCUACCACCCAAAAAGGUCCACCCCCUCCCCACAAAGCCCCCUGUCACCCCGACUGAGUUCCUGACACCAGUAUCUGUCUCCUCGGACCACGACUACUGUCUAUCUCAGGAUCAACCAGGAAGUAAUACUACUAUGUUAUGCAGCAAAAGGCAAACCAUACUCCCCGACCACCAACCAAUUCCCAACCCCUCCUCAGUGCCUGGCACGCAGAACUCUGGGAAAUAUUUGCGCCAGCAGCAGCCAGUGGACUCCAGGACUGUUCCAGAGACACAACUUCCCUCAGACUCUGCUCCGCCAUCUACAGAGAGCUCCCCCUCUAGGACGGACGCCAUUACUGCAGGGGAGACACAGGAAGAGAGAACCAGCCCCUGCAUCCCCUCCCCUCCUUCACCCAGUCCCCCUUCCAGAGGUAGGAGGUCGUCCCGGCGCUAUCGGACAAGGUCUUCAUGCUCGGACUCUAGCUCUAGGUCCCCUUCUUCGUCGUCAUCUUCCUCAUCCUCCUCUCGAUCCAGGUCUCGCACUCCACCCCGAAAGAGGUUCUGUCCCAGGCGUUCUGAAAGCAGCUCCUCCUCCUCGUCCUCUUGCUCCAGCUCCGUCUCCCGUUCCCCGGUUCCCUGCCGGUACCGGCUCCCCUACCCAAAGUCCUGGAACCGCUCUCGGUCCACAUCACAGUCCUGGACUCAGUCUGGUUCCAGAUCUCGGUCCAGAUCCCCCACCACACUGGCCUACAGCAGGGCCCAGAGGUGGAGGGAUUGCUACAGCUCCAACAACAUCAGGGACUCCAGGAAACGAAAGAGACAACAAGAUAUGAGAAGUCAAAAACUGAAAGCCAUAGACGAGCGCAGGGUGGUGUACGUGGGCCGCAUCCAGAGGACCAUGAUGCACGCGGAGCUGAGAGAACGCUUCUCUCUGUUUGGAGAGGUGGAGGAAUGCACCCUGCACUGUAGAGACAGGGGCGACCACUACGGCUUUGUGACGUUCUACAACAUGAAAGAUGCGUUCGCAGCCAUCGAGAACGGUUACAAGCUGAGGAGACCUGACGAGCUGCCCUUUGACCUCUGCUUCGGGGGCAGGCGUCAGUUCUGCAAAUCUACGUACGCCGACCUAGAUUCUAAUCGGGAAGAGGAGGAACCCACUCCAGCGAAAAGUGAGGAGGAGGAGCUGGACUUUGACACUCUAUUGAAGCAGGCACAGAAAGGCUUGAAGCGGUAGCAGAGUCCUGGAGGAAGAGAGGGAGCCAAGAAAGGAAUGAUGGAGAGAAGGUCCCAAAUGUCACCCUAUUCCCUAUAGAGGGUACUAACCUUAGGGUUCUGGUCUCAAAGCAGUGCCCUCUAUAGAAGGGAACGGGGUGUUAUUUGGGACUGAGCCAACACGUUAGCAAGACUUACCUCAGAGCUAUAUGCACAUACUUUAACAUGUUUAAAUGUUGUUUUAACUUGUAUUGGUUCACUCUUAUCAACUCAUUUUAUUUACCGUGAUAGCAAAACUUUGUUGAUGCAGUAAAAAUAUUUUUAAGGAAAAAGAAUCAUAGGAAAAUGAUUAGAAUAUUGUUAAGUUUUUUUAAAUUAUUAUUGUUUUUUUUAAGAAGGAUCUUUUUAAAUCUCUUUGUUUGCACUAAUAUUGCACUUGCAAGCUUUGCUUUACUCUUGUCUGUUACAAUGUUUAAAAAGUUGAGAUUCCCUUAGUCACUUUAUUCCCAAUUAUGAACAUGUUCUUUAUGAAUGAAUAAAGACUAUUGUGUAAUACUGAA